AAUCUCUGCAGAGCGAAAGGAUGGACUGAACUCUGACUGGAGGCCGGGCUGCUCCGGAACCACCCCGACAGCCUCCAGAAAGGGGCGUGGUUAUAAUUUAGGGGCGUGGCCUUGCAGGCAGCAGGAAGAAGUUACCUGUUGAAUCUUCCUAUCCAUUCUCUUCCCAGCCUUUGUAGCUACCCCUAAGAGGGAAGCCGUAAACCACUAGCCUCUUCUGAAAAAGAGGUAAGGGGACGUAGACAAGGGGCAGCGAAGGAGGCUACUGCAUUCCUUAGGAGGGGCCAAACAGCUACUUUCUACCUGCUGAGUCAGGUGAACCGUUCCAUGGGGGCGGGGACCAGCAUAUGAGAAAAGGGCAAGGACGGAGGAGGUGUUUAUUUGUUCCCUUUCAAGACUAAAUUUAGGGCCCUUCGUCUGCAGACCCAUUGGCGCACUGUGCCUUGGGAACCCUCUUGGCCUCUGGAAGAGAAAAGAACGGGGGCCAGUUUUCCGCAGCAAAAGGAACGGCCCCUCUGGGCUUCCUCCCGUCUGUGUAUUUCCUAGCCCCAAAACGACAGAGCCAUAUGGCUUCCGCGGUCUGGGGGAGUGCUCCCUGGUGGGGCCCACCGCCCCCAGCCCCAGCCCGGCCGCUCACGGACAUCGACUUCUGCUCUGGGGCGCAGCUGCAAGAACUAACCCAGCUGAUCCAGGAGCUGGGUGUGCAGGAGAGCUGGAGUGAAGGUCCCAAGCCAGGACCAGAUCUCCUCCAGGCCAAGGACUUUGUUUUCUCUUUGCUUGGUCUCGUUCACCGCCGGGACCCUCGCUUUCCUCCACAGGCAGAGCUCUUGCUGCUUCGUGGCGGGAUUCGCGAGGGCUCCCUGGAUCUGGGGCCUGCGCCUCUAGGUCCCUACGCUCGGGGACCUCACUACGACGCCAGCUUCACCCUCCUGGUGCCCGUGCUUUCGCUAGAUGGCACUGGGCAGGAGCUGCAACCGGACGUGGGAUCCUGUUACGCAUGGCUCUUCCUCCCAGAGCAAGUACGCGGAACCUCGGUCCGGGAGGCAUGGCAGGAUUGCCUAGGACCCCCAGUCCCAGGAGGACGUGAUUCGAUCCACCCAGCCCAAAGCAAACAAACUCCCAAGGAUCCGCAAAUCUCCGUGGACCAGCUGCACGGUGACGUCACUGAGCCUGAGGCACACGAGUCUUUGGAAAAAUCACCUAGUAAUGUUUCAGUGCCAGAAUUGCCUCAACAAGACGUAACCGAUGUUGACUUCCCCUCACCACUGAAAAAAACGAAUGGUGACGUCACCAAAGCAGCCGACGUUAGCCCAGUGCCACAGCCGUCGGAGGCUCGGGAGGCAUGGCCCACAUUGUGCCCCGCCCAGGUGGCUGCCUGGUUCUUUGCUUCGCUGGCUGCGGUCGCUGAGUCCCUGUUUCCGGUCCCGGGUGCCCCGCGCUUGGUCCACGCAGCCCGCCACGCGGGGGUCACCACCAUCCUCCUGGCUACGCCCGGGUCCCCGCGCCGCCUCCUGCUAUUCGACCUGAUCCCCGUGGUGUCCGUGGCCGGCUGGCCCCAGGAGGCUCGGAGCCACUCGUGGGCCGGCCCGCUGGCCUCGGAGUCGUCUUCCUUCUACCUGGUGCCCGGCGGCGGCGGCACAGAGCGGCCGGGCGCCUCCGGAUGGCAGCUCUGCUUCGCCCGCCAAGAGCUGGCGCUCAAGAUGCGCAUACCCGUUCCCCUGCUGCAAGCGCACGCGGCGGCCCAGGCGCUGCUGCGCCCGCUGGUGGCCGGGACUAGGGUCGCGGCGCCCUAUCUCCUGCGGACGUUGCUCUACUGGGCGUGCGAGCGGCUGCCCGCGCUCUAUCUGGCGCGACCCGAGAAUGCGGGCGCCUGCUGCCUCGGGCUGCUGGAUGAGCUGGGCCGGGUGCUCGAGGCUGGGACGCUGCCCCACUAUUUUCUGAGUGGCCAAAAGCUCGGUGCGGGGGACGGCGCCGCUUCGUUGCUCGGGGCGUUGGCCCUGCUUCGCAGGGACCCUGCCCGCGCCCUGCGCGCCGCUGUAGAAGAGGCCAAGGCUGCACGCAAGGGGGGCGGCUUAGCCGGCGUGGGAGGCGGCGCCCAUUAAAGACGCUGUUCCUACUAACCUGGAAUGUGCUUCUGUUGGCCAGCGGGAUGUGGAGGGGACUGCUCUCCCCUCACCUGGGAGACAGGCUGAGCGCCUUGGGCCCGAAGAACCCGUUCUAGAAGGCCUCCUCGCCGGUUCCUCCGCUUCCUCCCACCCUCCUCCCGCCGCAUCCCUGGCACAGGUCGUUCCAUUCUGGCCUCUCCACUUUCCAAAUCUGUGGCCAGCACCCCUCCUGCUCCCGUGCAGCCUCUGGCAUCCAUCUCCCGCCAGUUCUUAUGGUCUUUUCUCUUAGGAGUCAAUAGGGAUGGGGGUAACAUAUUUGCUGAAAAAACGUGUAAAGGAGAAAGGUAUGGAGACCAGGGACUGACCAAUUUGUCUCACACAAAAGCAGAGAUAUUAAGGAGGCCGGAUUUCACCCCAGGCUAGACCUCACCACCACCGCUAUCUCUUCAGUUAUUCCCCCCACCUUCCUCAUCCAGUUCUGUCCUCCAUCCCGGGCAGUAGGGUCCCUUUCUCCAUUCUCGGGGCAUCUGCCAUUCCAUCUAUCUAAGCCCAACCUCUCCCCCAAUCCAGAGUUCCAUUCAGUGGAGUCGCCUCCUUGUCCCUCCUCCUCUGAACCCCGAGACAUGCGAGACAUGCGGCCUUGUCUCGGCUCCACCUGUCUCUAAGACCGUCCCCACUCCCUGCCUCCAAGGAACCCCAGGGUUCCUCCCG